ACUAAAUUAAUAAUAUUUAUUCUUGGGUGAUAAUUUCCAUUGUGUUUUUCUCACUUGCGGUAGCUUGUAAAAAGUUGAGGUGGAAAUACGUUAGUCAGUUGGAAAGUGCUACCUUUGGUGGUUCAGUAUAUUUUUUUUUGCAAAACGUUCUUUGGAAAAUCUCAGUGGAAAUGUUUAAAAUGUUUAAGUUGAAAUUUCCCAAGAAGCUUUUGUGCUUUGAGCUGAAGAUUGGAACCAUUAUAACAGGAUGGGUUCAUCUCUUGUUGUCCAUUUUGGGGAUUAUCUUCACUCUGAUCCUCAUGGGGAAUCAUGAGCUGUACAUGAAGGUCAUGGAUUACUUCUCUGAAGCCUACAAUGAGACAACAUUUAUCGUGAUUGAGGAUCAGGGUGAGAAGGAUAUGAUGGAAUUGGCUCUGAAGUUCAGCAUUGGGAUCUACUUGUUCAUCUGCAUUGUGAACCUUGUGGCAGCAUCUCUUCUUAUUCAUGGAUCGAUGAAGGAGAAUCAUCUAUAUCUGCUGCCUUGGCUUACUUCUGAGAUUUUGGGGAUGUUCCUAAUGCUCUGCACAAUGUUCGUCAGUUGUCCCUAUCUUAUCGUUGUUAUCUUUAUCAGAGUGUACAUCUGGUACUGCAUUUGGGCAUUCUACCGGGACAUCAAGAGGAACAAGCAGAUGACUGGAUAUCCAGAACAUCCAGUUGUCUAUGGCGCUAACGAAGGCAAUCCCAAUAAACCUCCAUCCUACGGAGACAUUGUAGCAUUUAAAUGAACCCUCAGCAGCAUCCAGGAACCUUAAUCUGGAGCGUAGUUUUGCAAAUCCUGCACGAAAAAUCAGUUUUCUCAGUGUACCUUUCACAAAUAAAUGGGAAAAUUCUUGAAAUAUUUAUGAUUGAACUCUUCAUGGAUUUUUUUGCUGAGAAAAUUCCCACCUGAUGCUCUGGGAAAGUUCCAUGUGGUUUUAAGGAGAAACCUGAGAAGUUCUAAAAAUCGAUAAAGGGUUCUAGUGCACUGUUUAACAGCAAAAGAGCA